CUUGCUUGGCAAUGGAAGUUGUCAAGUGCGGAGCGUGCGCGGGGGCCGGCAGCGGCAGCGGGGGAAGGGGAGGGAUCGGGAUCGGGGGCGCGUGCGUGGGUCGGAAUCUGGUUCGGGCCUAUUCACCUCGAAGGCUGUCGGGGCCGGGGCCUGCUUCUGCUCCUGCGCUUGGGGUCUCGUCAUCAUCGUCAUCAUCAUCAUCCCCUUCGCGCUCGUGCCGUCGCCUCUUUUCAGAAGCGAGACCUCUUCUGUCUCGCCGCGCCUUCUCGAGGACCUUGUGCAGAAAGCGAGUGGUUAGUGCAAUGGAUCAAUCCAGUGAGAAAAGUGCUGCAUCUGGUACGACAGCGACGACCGAAGUCACAGGAGCGAAAGAAGCCGAAUUGCUUCAGGCGUUUUGUGGCAUCCCGAGUAUUGACAAAGCUUGGACAAGCUCCUCGCGAAGAGGAAGUGGUGGUGUGGAUGUGGUGGUUGCAAUGAGCUCGGUGAACCUUCAAGCAAACGCCAAGAGAACUUUCAUUUCUACUGUUUACAUCCCAGAUCCUAGUGGGAAUGCGGAAGACUACCACUGGUCGCCUUUUCCAUUUGAGCUGGGUGGAGCUCUGUUGAUUGUGCCUUCUCCAUCGGGCACGAAGCUCUUGAUCGUACGAAAAGCAGACCCCAUUGCAAAAGAGGGUCCUGCGGCAAUCAAGCUUGAAAUAUGGGGCCCUGGACAGCUGUUGAAGGAGCUAUUUGUGGCCCCUUCCGUUCAUGGUUCUCUUUAUGCAGAUGGAUGGUUUGAAGGUGUAUCGUGGAGUAAUGAUGAGGAAAGUAUUGCAUAUGUGGCAGAAGAGCCAUCUGCACCAUUACCAGUAUAUGGCCAGUCUCUCUUCGCAACAGGCCAGAGUAGUAGCAGGUCGGAGGCCGAAUCGGAUGCUAGCUCAUGGAAGGGCCAAGGAGAGUGGAUGGAAGACUGGGGUGAAUCUUACACAGGCAAAAGAAGGCCUAUGCUUUUUGUAGCGAGCAUCAACAGUGGUUGUGUGCAGCGUGUCGAAGGUAUCCCGAAAGAUAUUAGUGUCGGCCAAGUUGUUUGGGCACCCGCACCUCCGCCCGGUGAGCCAGCUCAGCAGUUGAUUUUCGUCGGAUGGCCAUCAUAUGCAACCAACUUCAGCACGGCAAGAAAGCUGGGGAUGAAGUACUGCUACAACAGGCCUUGCGCUCUUUAUGCAAUCGAAGCUCCUUCUGAAUCCAGGGUUGUGGCGCAAGCUGCAGUACAUCCUGUGAAGCUGACGGGAGAAGUCAGCAGUGCCGUUAUUCCUCGUUUCAGUCCAGAUGGAACGCAGCUGGUGUUCCUGUCUGCGAAAGCUGCUGUCGAUAGUGGUGCUCAUUGUGCAACAAAUUCCCUCAAUGCUAUUGAUUGGCCCACUGAUGGUGUCGUGUCUGCAAAUUUACCAAUGAGAGAAGUCGUGCCAGUAGUGAUGAAUCCACGUGAAGAUGGAUUUCCAGGCCUCUAUGUGUCAAAUAUCAUCGCACAACCCUGGCUGUCGGAUGGUUCAACUCUCCUUUUCACUUCGGCAUGGCGAAGUAUGCAGGUCAUUCUUGCUGUCAAUAUUGAAAGUGGCGCUAUAACGAGGAUCACUCCUCACGACACUAUCGCUUCGUGGAGCCUUCUUGGAGUGCAAGAUGAUGUGGUACUGGCAGUAAGCAGCUCUCCAACCAGUCCUCCGUGCCUGAAGCUGGGCAACAACUUGAGUAGCUCCACCAAUACUGGUUCGGGGAAGAAAUGGGACUGGUCAAAUAUCAAUAUUCCAUCUCUCAAGUUUCCUUCGAAGGUGGAGACUGCUCUAGCAACAAUGACUUAUGAAGUACUUCAAGUACCCCUUGAGCGUGCCGAGCCAACGAAUUCCGAAUCUGGAGGUCCUAAGCCAUCCAUUGAAGUCAUAUAUGUUUCCCCAAGGAUUUUUCACAGCAAACAACCUCAAGGAGCCAAGAAGUCGGACGUUCCACCUCUCAUCGUUGUUCUCCACGGAGGACCGCAUUCUGUGUCUCAAACGACCUACUCAAGACCCUUGGUCUUUCUUUCCGCCUUGGGUUUCAGUCUACUUCAUGUGAAUUACAGAGGCUCUACUGGAUUUGGAGAGGAAGCGCUGCAAUCUCUUCGGGGCAAUGUGGGUCGUCAGGAUGUGGAUGAUGUGCUUCUUGCCGUGGAGCAUGUCAUAUCAGAAGGUCUAGCCGAACGCCAGAGAAUAGGUGUUCUGGGUGGUUCUCAUGGUGGUUUUCUCACGUCUCAUUUGAUAGGCCAGGCUCCCGAUGCUUUUGUGACCGGCGUCCUCAGAAAUCCUGUAUGCAAUUUAUCGUCGAUGAUAGGGGUCACCGACAUUCCGGACUGGUGUUACGUGGAGACUUUUGGAAAAGACGCUCUUAGUGCUUACUCUGAUGCUCCUUCCAUAUCUGACCUAAGUAUGUUUUACAAGGCGUCGCCAAUUGCGCACUUAUCAAAGGUGAAAGUGCCAACUCUUUUUCUAUUGGGAGCGCAAGAUCGGAGGGUUCCAGCGUCGAAUGGAUUGCAGUAUGUGCAAGCAUUACGUGCUCGAGGUCUUGAAGUGAAAGUUAUCAUCUUCCCCGAAGACAUGCAUGCCAUCGACAGACCUCAGUCGGAGUUCGAGAGUUUCUUGAACAUAGGCACUUGGUUCAAGCGUUUUCUUCUGAACAGCGGAGCUUAGUGUUAGUAUCCUUCGCUGUCGUAUGUUAUACUGUGGCUCGCACUCGUUUGUAGAUUACAUCGUUUUUGACGUCUUACGGCUCUAGUCUUUUCGUGAGUGGUGUUACUGUUGUUUCUCAUGAUGGAAAGAAAGCAGUUCAUAGUUUUGAAGCCUUCGCACGUUCCUAGACAUGGUCUGGUUGGCCAACUUGAAACGCACCCACUGCCUUGGCUACAUAUGUCCACCAUGGGCGUAUGUAUGUAUGUGGCGGAGGAACCGAGGUAUCUCUCUGGGGGAAAGCUAUGGAUGAUGUUGGUAGUGGCUGUCAGAUACUCAGAGUUUUUAUUUCAAUUUUUCACGGCCCGUGGAAGAAGGAUUAGUUGUGCGCAAACUUCAAUCAUCUGGUUCGACAAUUUAAACGUCGACGUGUCAUUAGGAAUCGAUUUAAACGUCGACUUUUCAUUAGGAAUCUUCGUGGAAAGUUUCAAGUUGAUGUAACUUUGCCGGUACGCAACUUGACAUUUGAGAUUGUAGAGGUUGUACGUAAAAUUGUCUACGUAAAAGUGUGUUGACAUUUAAUAAAUGUAA